AUGGGGCAGGUUGCCCGUACCAGCCAGCGAGUCAUCACACGGCUGGGCCACUUCGUCCGCAUCGAGGCCAUCCGCACAGAGCGACACCAGACCCGGCACACCCCGUUGCAGGCGUACAUGGACGAGGAGAGCAUCGCCGAGCACGUGAGGCCAUGGCAGCAGAUGUUGAUGUUUUUCGCCCGAACGCAGGUCGAGCAUGAAUGGACGAGCCCACAGUACCGGUUCACACCACGGCAGCGCAAGACAUGGAGGGUAUUAUGGCAGGUAGCCACCACAGAGGGAGCCGACCAGCGACACCCCAUCAGCCCAGACCCCAUGGAUGAGCAGAUGACUGAGGAAGAAGAAGAGGAGGAGGAGAAGGGACAGAGAGAUACGCAGUCAGAAGAAGAAGAUAAGUUCAAAUCAACCAAGAUCCAGAUGGCAUGUUUGGAUUUUUGCAUUGAGCUGCUGGACCAGCGGGUUCAGGUGGAGGAUUAUGAGUGCGCGCUGGUAGACGCGUUGGCGGUGCUGGGACGGGGGGAGUAUGGAUGGCGCGACGCGGAGAGCUAUCCAACAGGUGGGGGUGGAAUGGACGUCCAUUCCAUUCAGGGCCGUAGUGGAUAUGAAAUACAACAUAUCCAAAUCAAAAGCGAUAAUUCCGCCGGGAAGGGGUUACAUUGUGGUGUCAAAGUCAAUGAGUUGAGGUGGGGGUGGAAUGGACGUCCAUUCCAUUUAGGGUUAGAAAACCUUAGAAAACCGACCAAUCAGAGCAGGGCAGAUUGGGCGUACAUUCCAUUUGGUUUCAGACGCCGUAGUGGAUAUGAAAUACAACAUAUCCAAAUCAAAAGCGAUAAUUCCGCCGGGAAGGGGUUACAUUGUGGUGUCAAAGUCAAUGAGUUGAGGCAACGGAGCGGUGCAAAGCGGUGCAAGAUCAACAAAGUAAAUUAA